CUCACAACGCCAUCCUCACAACGCCAUCCGCUAUGACGUCGAACUACUCCCCCGUCCUGCCCGUGGACUACAAGGACGACCAUGGCAUCAAAGAGUUCAUUGCUGAAUUCUUCAAGAUUUCGGACGACCCAGAGCAGAACGAAGCAUGGGUUGAUUACUACCGUGACAGCGGAACCUUUGUCUUCAACAACAAGAUCUCAAAGGGUCGAGAGGACAUCCGAAAUGCCCGAAGUGCCAUGUGGGAUCAAGUUGCGACGAGGAAGCACGUGGUCGAGAAGGCGGUGCCGGCCAGGUUCCCGUGCCCCAAAGGCGAGGACUGCCUAGAUCUGACGCUCUUUGGUACGGUGCACCAGACGCUUAAGAGCGGCGACACCGUGUCGGUCGAUUGGGUCUCCCACGGCCGGCUGAAGCGGGAGGGAGGCAACGGGUGGCAAAUCGCAUAUUAUCGGGUGUACGCCUUGAUGUAAGUCGGUUCGCCUAUUUUGGGGGAGUACAGUAGUCGCUUCCUCUUGGUUGUUGUGUAGGCGGUUACCAGGGUGGUGGCAACGGAGUCAGGCGGGUACCUACAGCUACAGGUUGGGGGAGAUCUCCAACAAGAAGGCGUGCAUAAAAGACGGUCUGGCGGCAUCAGUGGGGGAGAGGUUGUCUAUUCCAUUUGCGUUGGGGUGCGUGGGUGCUGAAGUUGGCGCGGUGGGCACUGCGGGUCCUCGACCGAGACGGCAAAGCCAGCUGGGGAGGCCAGCUGGAGGACAGCCCCAAGACGCAGCAAGUUGCGUCACCUGUUGCUCCAGUGGGGUCAUCAAAGGUGAUCAGGUGCCGUAUCUAUUCGUUAGGGACGGAUUACAAGGUGCAAGGAAGGGGGCCCGCUAUCCACGGCCUCCGUCUCCCUAGGACCAAGGUCUCGACCAAACCGUAGCCAGGGCGUUGGCUAGAAAAAGGGGCCGGAAGGGGUCAGCGAAUCUCGCUCGUUCAAGACAUGGCUCGAAGUGGUGUCAGCCACACAACGUGACUUGGUCAGCGACGGCCAGUGAGAAAGGAGAAAAAGAAGAAGGAAGAAUAUCAUAGAAGAGCGCAGACAUACUGCCAACUCGAGCACUGCACAGUUGACCUCCAUGACUGGCAGCGGCGACAGCGGGUGGCCGAUAUGGAGCCCCAGCACGGGCACCUGCAAUUCCAGCCCCGGACCUGCGACAUCAAUUGCCGUGCUGCGUUGCAGCAAUUGGCACCCGCACUGUACCAUGGGGGAACCCAGCCGACUGGGGUUGUGGACAUGGAGGUCCGGCGCACUGCAUUGCCCAAGGCCAGGCCAGAACAUGGGAAGCUGAACAACUCACCUUGAACCACCCAUGUAUUACAGGAGGCCUUUUUACGCAGAGUUAUGCCUCGUUGCUUCCGGUUGGACACCGCCUGCGUGGCUGCUGCAUCCAAGGCCUGGCUGCUAAAAGCCAAGCCACGAAGCAGGAGAGGCCACGGGGGGCUGCGUGACUGACUGGACCCCUCCCUCGAUGCGUAAUCCAGCUGUCUCACCACCUCACCUAUCUGCCCG